AUGUACCCAGGAGAAUUACAAAAAAAUAACGACAAAGCAUUCAUCCGAACAUCGAUGCUUAAUUUAGUUUAUCUCUUGCGACCAGAGAAUAAGUCCACCGCACCGUUGUCGCCACGGAUGGUUGUUCAACCGAAAAAAGAAGAAGAAAGAAACCUUAAAACGAACACUGUUCAACCUUGCACUGUUACAUCAUCUCAAUGGCACCUUACCGAAUCUGGUCUAAAUG